ACCGCCAACCCGGGCCAGAGGUGUCCCCUCAGGUCAGCAUCAUCAUCACUCCGUGAGUGAGUGAGUGAGGCGGACAUUCCAUUAGUGACAUGGCCUCACCAUCGACAUCGUCAUGGGGCUCUCCCGCGUCCGGCACCCGGAUCCGUCGCCACCAAGACCACGAUGGCUCCGAGGCGGCCCCAACAACAACAACGACAACAACACCCACACCGCUCCUCCAGACGCUCUGGAGCCUGCAGGUGCCCCUGCACAUCACGCACAUGUCGCAACCCGCAGGAACAGCGGCGCCGCCGCCCUUCGUCGUGUCGGUGCCGCGCUUCAGCUACCUCGCCUUCCUGCUGCCGCGGCUGACCGCCUACUACGGCCUGCCGUGCUCGAGCUUCCACCACGAGGAGAUCCAGCUGCGCAACCUGGCCGUCGGCCUGCUCGUCGACCUGUACCAGCCGGCGGCCGGCUUCCCCUGGCGGCUGGUGGUGGGCGACGGCCCGGAGUGGGACAUUGCCGACACCUUCACCAACUCGGCCAAGGAGGCCGACUUCGUGCGCAACGGCAACGCCAAGCAGAUCAUGAGCCUGUCCAAGGAGCACAGCACGGCCCUGUGGAACGCCGUGCAGGACAACGAUUAUGCUACGUUUACCAAGGUCAACAACCGCCUCCUCAACACCCCAACCCCGCUCAAGAACGUCCCCGUCCGCGUCUACAUCCCCUCAUCACCCUCACCAAACGACGCAGCAGCUGGUACGGCACCGGGGUCCUUCAAGGUGGUACAGGCGCUGGUGGCGCCACGGCUGCCCAACAGGACUCCGCAAACACUAGGCGCCGCUCUGAAGAGCCUCCUGCCCAGUCUGUUCCCCUCCAGCCGGGAUCCUGUCCUAGCCAACGUGAUCCUCCACGGCGGGCCCGUGCCCUUCCGGGCGCCGCUGGAGGAGCUGAUGCGCGAGGCUGCGUAUCCCGACGGGUGGUUGUGUCUGUGUGUGGUCUUGUUAUGACGAGAUUCUUUUUUUGAGAUACCCAGGUUUUUUUUUUCUUUCUUAUUGGUACAAUACAUGUACAAUUACCAACUCGAGAGCGGCGGUGGUGGGGUCCGGGUUGGUCGAGAGGAGGGAGGGAAAGACAGGAGAGGUUCUGUGCAAUAUCUCUCUCACUCACUACUUGAUCAUGAAGGAUCCGUAGAGCCAAUCUUGGUGACACACUAGAUG